GUCCGGUGCACUUUGAGACGGAUCAUCCUCUACAUGCAAUAUAAAAAGCAUUGGAAAUGAAACAAAGUUUGAUCACAUAACUAAAAACUAUUAUACGCAAGAUCAAUGGCGGAAGAUCAAGCAACGACGGCAGUGGAAACAUCGGCGGUGGAGAAGCAGCCAGAGACGACGAGAGAGGCUGAACCACCAAGUUUGACGACAAAGAGGAUGGUGGUUGCGAUCGAUGAGAGCGACUCGAGUUUCUACGCUCUUCAGUGGGUCAUUGACCAUUUCUCUAAUCUUUUACUGACCACUGAGGCAGCUGAGGCGGAAAGUGGAAUGCUCACGGUGGUUCAUGUGCAGUCCCCUUACUAUCACUUUGCUGCCUUUCCGGCUGGACCUGGUGGCGCCACAGUGUACGCAUCUUCGACAAUGAUAGAGUCAGUGAAAAAAGCACAACAAGAGACCUCUGCUGCGCUUCUCUCUCGUGCUCUCCAAAUGUGCAGAGCCAAACAGAUACGUACUGAAACUCUGGUGCUCGAAGGCGACGCGAAGGAGAUGAUUUGCGAGGCAGUGGAGCAAAUGCACGUUGAUCUUCUCGUUGUCGGUAGUCGUGGCCUUGGCAAGAUCAAAAGAGCGUUUCUUGGGAGCGUUAGUGAUUACUGCGCUCAUCACGCCAACUGCCCCAUCCUUAUUGUCAAGCCACCUAAGGAGAUGACUAAGUAAUAUGGAUCUGGUUACAUGUUUGGGUUAUUAAUUAGAUUUUUAUAAAGACUGUUAUAAAUUUACCAAAAAAAAAAAAAAAAAAGAGUGUUGUACGUACGUAUGUGUUUUGACUUGGAUAAUUAGUUACAUAUUAAGCAAAAUUGUAUUUGGAAAAGUAAUGUGUCAAUGAAAUAUGAAUAUGGGUCGAAUAAUGAAGCCAAGACUUGUAGUCUGUUGCUUCUCUGCACCUAUUGUAUUCCCAGUCGUUAUUGUUGUAUGUAUAUAAUUUAUUAAAAGCAUCUUGUCUUUCUAAUUA